AUGGGCCAGACAGGAAUGGAUUAUGCCUUUAUGGAAAGGGAAAUACCCAGCGGGGACCCAGCUUUGAUCUGGAGGAAAAUUAGAACGUCUUGGACUGAACUUAACUAUCAGUUUCUAUAUCCGGAAACCAAAGAGGGGCCAGAAAAGAAGGGGCAAGAACAAGAUAGAAGGGAGACACAUCUCGGUCCAAGAUGCAACACAGGGCCCGGAUACUGGUGGCUCUGUGGGGAUGGCAGGGCCAGAAAGAGUUUACCCCAGAACUGGAAGGGACACUGUGUUCGGGGGUACCUUGCACCUCAGAUCAGUAUAUUCGAGGGAGCUUCGCCUCCCCGAGGGUUUUUGAGAACACCUUGGCUCCGUGUAAAACGGACUGAAAACCCACUAAUUAUUCGAGGUACUAGGUACCAUAGUUUUGUCCGAUGGCUAAUCCCCUCUUUAGGGGUAAGCGAGUUGGAGAAAGCUAUCGUGAAUAUAUCUGCUACAUUAGAGGUUAUAGAAAAAGCUACAAUUGAUGCAAUUCAAGGGCUGCAACUGGAAAUACAAUCCCUAAGUAAAGUAGUACUCCAAAAUAGAAUGGGAUUGGACAUGCUUUUAGCAAAAGAAGGGGGCUUAUGUGUAGUUAUAAACCAAACCUGCUGUACCUAUAUCAAUCAAAACCAACGAAUUGAAACAGAUCUUGAAGAGAUAUGGGAAAAGACUAGAAUACUACAUGAAGCUUCCCAAGAUGACACUUCUUGGGACUUGACAGACAUAUUAGAAAAAUUAACCUCCUGGUUGCCAGAUUUGACAUGGUUGAAGCAAUUGUUUGUCACUAUAAUAAUCAUUAUUCUCUUGUCUGUGGUUCUUGGCGUAGUGGUUCGAUGUGGCUUUUUGUGCUGUAGGAGUACAGGAGACUCUUACAGUGAAUGGAAAAAGAAUCAGUUACGACGAAAACUCGAGACCAACAAAUACUUUGAGAAGAUGCUAGAUAGGGAGAUAAUGUAUUAG